GGCCCCGGCCCCGCCGGCCCCUUUCCGCGGCGCCGCCCGCCGGGCUCCUGACGUCAGCGCGGGGACCCAGCCCAGCCUGCGGCGCGGGGCGCAGCCCGAGCGGGAGCCGGCCUCCCCGAUGCCCGGCCCCCUGUGACACUCCGGUGCAGCCAUGGCGGGGGCCAAGGGCUGCUACGAAGGGAAGAUCGCCGGCCUGUACGACCUGGAGCGCACGCUGGGCAAGGGCCACUUUGCCGUGGUCAAGCUGGCGCGGCACGUCUUCACGGGGGAGAAGGUGGCGGUGAAGGUGAUCGACAAGAGCAAGCUGGACGUGAGCGCCGCGGGGCAGCUGCUGCAGGAGGUGCGCUGCAUGAAGCUGGUGCAGCACCCCAACGUGGUGCGGCUCUACGAGGUCAUCGACACCCACUCCAAGCUCUACCUCAUCCUGGAGCUGGGGGACGGCGGCGACAUGUUCGACCACAUCAUGCGGCACGAAGGCGGGCUGGCCGAGGGGCGCGCCAAGCACUACUUCGCCCAGAUCGUCCACGCCAUCUCCUACUGCCACAAGCUGCAUGUGGUGCACCGCGACCUCAAGCCCGAGAAUGUGGUCUUCUUCCGGGAGCAGGGCGUGGUCAAGCUCACCGACUUCGGCUUCAGCAACCGCUUCCAGCCCGGCAAGAUGCUCACCACGAGCUGCGGCUCGCUGGCCUACUCGGCCCCCGAGAUCCUGCUGGGGGAUGAGUAUGACGCCCCAGCCGUAGACGUCUGGAGCCUGGGUGUCAUCCUGUACAUGCUGGUGUGCGGCCAGCCGCCCUUCCAGGAGGCCAACGACAGCGAGACGCUGACCAUGAUCAUGGACUGCCGCUACACCAUCCCGCCCCACGUGUCCGCGCAGUGUUCUGACCUGAUCGGCAGGAUGCUGCAGCGGGACCCCAAGCAGCGGGCCUCCCUAGAGCAGAUUGAGGUGCACCCCUGGCUGCAGGGUGUGGACCCCUCCCCAGCCAGCCGCUGCCUGCUGCCCCUCACGUCGCACAAGCGGGUGUCCGAGGAGGAGCAUGACAUCAUCAUCCAGGCCAUGAUGUGUGGGAACAUAGCGGACCGGGACGCCAUCCAGGAGGCCCUGGAGGCCGAUCGCUACAACCACAUCACAGCCACGUACUUCCUGCUGGCGGAGCGGAUCCUCCGGGAGAAGCAGGAGAAGCAAAGCCACAAGCUCAGUUUGGUCUACAACUUGGCCCAGCAGGUGCAGGACAGUGCCAACCUGUCGGACCCGUUCAGCACCGUGGGCGACACCAGGGACCUUUCGCCCUUCGCAGAGUUGCCAGAUAGGCUGGCAGCUUUCUCCAGCCCCCAGCCUCGGGCUGCCGUGGAGGUUUCUGAGAAAAGAGUUGGCAAGCCCCUUUCCUUUUCUGCCCUGGGGGAAGACGAUGCGGCCCCCGGCCUCCAUGGAAACGGGCAGCUGGUCCGAGCCCUGCUCAGUCCCGCUCUGGCGGACUCCUCCAUUGCCAAGAGCACCCCGGCCCUGCAGCAGAUCUGCGAGGAGGAAGAGGAGGAGGAAGAGGAGGAGGGGAAGGCCAACGCAAUGGGAAGGAGAAGCUCCUCUUUAAACCAAGAGCAAAUGCGAGAUUUCCAGAGCUCCAAGGUCUCCCUCUUGUUCUGCCGUGGGGCUGUAGCCCACAGUAAGGGGGAGAAGAGCCUUGGGGCCACCAAAUCAGGCCUCUUGGAGCAGGGCCCAGGGAGCAGCUGGCAGCUGCCCCCUCUCAGGGGGGUGCCGAGUCCCAGGAGCGAGCUGGGGCAGCCCCGAGAGGCGCCAAGCCACAGUGCAGCACGGGCGGCCACGGACAAGCUCAGCAUGAGCAUUGGGGAGAGCGCCCCCAGCCCCCUCCCUGGGGGGAUGCCAGCGGCAACGGGGGACAUAGAGCUCUGGGAGGGUGGGGGAGCGGGUCCGGAGAGGUGCCAGGCUGAAGGCAGCUUGGGGUCGGAGGAGGACACCACCACCACCACAGAAAUGGAAGAUGAUGGCAGCCUGGGGCAAGCGGGCAAGGUCCUGUAUCCAGGGAGCUGUGAGGGCCCCGUCGCUGGCUUUGCUGGGAGCUCGGGGAGCCUCCAAGCCACUUCAGGUGGGACGCCAGUUCCAGAAGACAAGUCCAAGAAACUUGGCGGGCCCCCUGACGCAGGCUCCUCCAACAGGCCCGCGUGCCCAGCUGAGAGCCCCCACUGCGGCAGCACCGCGGGCAGCGAAACUGCGGCCGACAACGUGAUCAAGUUAGACCCUGCUAAAAACAAGAGCGCCCACCUGAAGGACAGGCUCCUGCAGUUCCCGCUGUGCGAGAAGGCGCUGGCCUUCAAGAUCCGGCCCAGCUCCAAGGAGAGCCUGCUGGCCCUGGGACAGUUCAACUGCUGCCAUGUCAUCUAGACACAGCCCACACUCUGGGGCCCGGGCCCAAGAAGGAAAGUGGCGGAACAUGGCCCCAGGUCAGGGGCUGCUGGCAGGUGCAGGGCUGGGGAACAACAUGCUGCUUUCGUUCUCAGUCUCUCGCUCCCACAGCGCAGCUGUUCUCCUGGCUCCGAGACGCAGUCCUGCCUUGUCCCGCCUGCUCUCCCUUCCCUCGGCCCGGGGCCCUGCCUUGGGAGCGCGUUGAGCACCUGCUUCCUCACAUGGCCACGCGUGUGGGCCCUCGGACGGCGACCGAGUGCGCUGGCCGGGCGGGAGCUGCGUGGCUGGUCGAUCUUAUGGAGAGCGCCCCCUCGCCCACCCGGGACGGCUGCCGGUGCUGUCGGCUCCCCCCUGCAGCGGCGCAGUGGGCUCUCCCCAGGAUGCUGCUCUGUGCAGGGAGGCUCCUGCAAAAUUCCUGCCUUCAUGCUGACCCCCGAGACCCCACAAAGGUAGGUCCGACAUCACCAGCUGGCAGAGGGCAGCCGCAGGCUGGGGUCCGUAUGGGGCUGAGCUGCUCGGCUGCAUGGACCAUCCAGGGGGAGCUAGCGCGGCCAGCUCCUUCAGUGGCCCCAGCAACACGCUCAGACAAGCCAGCUGAGCUGCUCCUGUUCUGGGGAGGAACCCAGCCUCCCCUCCACUGCAGCCAUGCACCAGAAGCAGCCCAGGGCCAGACUUCAGCUUCCACCAGGACUCCUUCGCAUCUGCUGGCUGAAAGGAUGCGGAGGGGCUGCAAAGCACCCUGGGAAAUGCCUCUCCAGCUGGUCCAGCGCCAUCUCCAGAUGCUGGUGAGGCUCUGGGCGAGUGCAGGGCAGUCCAACGUCUUGGAUAGGGCCGCAGUGAUUGGGGCUCAAAUUAGGGUGAUCCUCAGGGCUGCUCUAACCUGCUCCACUGGCCCCAGGACACAGCCAUAUUCCCCUGGUCUCUGCACCAGGGACUCCGUCACCACCGCUCCUCGGGGGCAGCAAGGUCUGCAGGAAAGCCAAAGCCAGCGCAGAGUGCCACAAAGAGCAGUGGGAGCCAUGCUCACGCCACGCACAGCCUCCUCCCCAGCCCACUGCCGCCUCCAGGGCCAACAGCCUGGGUCAGCCCUGCUGGCUGCCUCCGUGAGCAAAGGAAGGAAGGUGCUGAUGGAAUCUAAAUGGCAGCACCCCAAGACGCCUGCCAGUGUGUAACAAUGAGGCCAGCAUGCCGUGCGCUGGGCAUACGGGGUCGUACAAGGCUGGAGAAGCCCCACCUCGCUGGGGGAGGCCUGCCCAGCCCUUGAUGCACCCUCUUCCUUCUCUGACAGCCAGGCUGUGCCCCCUAGAGCCUGACGUCCCAUUGGUCCUGGGGGCGCGUCGGGCAGUUCUCAGUGCCCAGGGAGCCAGCCACUGCCUCAGCCCGCCUGGCUCUGCCUGGGGUGUUUUUAUAACUAUUAGAAAUAAUUUUUUAAAAUAGUCUAUUUUAAUGGAAUUUAAAUAGAGAUUGCUAUAUCCCCCUCCCCCGCCCGCCGGGGCACCUCGCCACGCUUCUAGCCCUAGCCAUGCAUGGCCACAGGAGCAUUUCCCCAUCCUUGGUACUCACCCACCCUAGAGCCAGAGGGGCCACGCUGAGGCCUACAGCUUCUCUGUCUGCAAAGUGUCCCGUGCUCUGGGGACUCACCGGGGCAGGAAGGGGGGCGUGGGGGAGGGGUAUGUCAUGCACGCGCACACAUAUACAAUCUAAGCUGUUUCCUCCAGACCCCUGUAACGAUAAGCUUUCUAUUUAUUAUCUCUUUGUUUUCUUGCUGGCAAGAAAUGAAUUGUGACUAGAGUCUGAAGCCAGAGCUCGCUGCUGAGUUCUGCAUAAUGUGCACUGAAUGGAUCGGAUCCAAUUGGGAAGCAAAGCAAGUCGGUCCAGUAAAAUAAGCUCUUGAUUUCAAAA